GUGGAACAUACAGUGCUGCUCCUAUAAAUGCUCUUGUAGCCAACAAACAUAGAAACCUCGAAUACCAACCACAGGCAUCCUUCAGGCUACAGAGAUCUACCUGUCCGUAUCUACAAUGCAUAGAACCCUGCUCAUAGCCUCUGCUCUCCUGAUGGGAGUCCUCGGAGUUCCCGUUUCUCAGGACCCCGUCCAACCCCAGUGCAAAGUCAUAUGGCUCAUUGGUGCCCCCUGCACAGAUGUCUUCAUGACUGUGGUGAACCAGAUCAAGGCCUGGACAGGAACGACAAGCUGUGAACUUGGAGGAGAAAACUGUAUGUAUGAGUUGGAAUCUGUCACCCCUUUGGUGGUCAAAGCCACGAAAACGUCUCCCAGCACCAUGAACAUGAGCAACCUCACCUUGACAAUGUCUCCGAUUGAAGACCCUUCCAUAUGCCGUGUGACGGGUGAUGCCAUCUCAGAGUCUUGGACAAGCCCUUUAGAUAAUGGAAUGAACUACUGUAGCCUUGAAGACCUGAUCAUCGGAAGUGGACUCAAUAAUACUCUAGGAUUCAAGGAGUUCACCAGCAACUGGAUCUGUCUUGGUUACACACUUGGCAGCUGUACAGUCACGAGUUUGAACAGAAAGAUUUGAGAAUGAAGAAUUAUGUUACAGAGAGUGCAAUCUCUGGAGCCCCCAGGUAGAGCCCACAGCCCACAGAUGUUCCUGAUCCACAUUGUUUUUAAAUGUACACCACCUACUUUACAAUGAGGCUGGCAGAUGUAAAGUUUUUAUUAAAAACAAUGUUUUUUGGAUGUUACUGCUCUUCUAAGGGAAAAACCUCUAGAAGAGCAGUAAUGUGACACCAUACAAUGAGUUGAUGGUGUGAAUUUGGUUGAUCUGAAUGAAUCAUUCUUGGCUUAUGAUCAACAAUAAAGCAGUUGUUCUCUACCAUGCA